AGACUUGAGUGUGAGCGUCUCACCAGCCAGGAUGACUGGGGGAGUUAGGACUGCAUAGCCUGCAGUGUUUGCCGGGGGAGAUAGAGUGUGUUUGUGUCUGAGUGCAUGUGUGUGAGUGUUUGUGAGUGCAUGUGUCUGGGCACAGUCCUGCUGUAGUGGUGUCCCAUGUGUGACUGUACUGACCGCGACAGCCAUCCCGUCCACAGUGGAGGCUUUCUCAGCGUGCAGAUGGUGUGAGCAGUCAGGGGGAAAGUUUUCGAGCGGCUCGUCUGAGCCUCAACAACUCAAUUCUCUCUGCACACAUUGAGUCGUUUCUGGAGGGAAGCAGCAGCAGCAGAAUCUGGACUGUAACUUCAGCUCAUAUCAGCCCAGGACUUCUGCUCGUGUUGAUUGAUUACCUGUUACUGGAUUGGAUACUAUAGCUGUGCAUCCCCACACGUCAGAGCUGAGGGAUUUAAACAGACUGUUUAUUUUGAAGAUCUGAGCUGCUAUAAUGGACGAGCAGUGUGUGUCCCACAGCAGUCCCCAGCGCAGCGGAGGUCAGACCAGCACGGAGACACAGAGGCAGGCACGGCCAAAUGUCAUCAGGUGUGGGUGGCUCAGGAAGCAGGGAGGUUUUGUCAAGACUUGGCACAGUCGCUGGUUUGUUCUGCGAGGGGAGCAGCUCUACUAUUACAAAGAUGAGGAGGAGACCAAAGCCCUGGGAACCAUUUUCUUACCUGGAAAUAAAGUUUCAGAGCAUCCAACCAGCGGUGAUGAUGGAGGGAAAUUUCUCUUCGAGGUCAUUCCAGGAGGAGACAGAGAGCGGAUGACAGCCAACCAUGAGACCUACCUGCUCAUGGCCAGCACCCAGAAUGACAUGGAGGAUUGGGUGAAGACAAUCCGCAGGGUCAUAUGGGCUCCUUUUGGUGGAGGCAUCUUUGGUCAGAAGUUGGAGGAAACCGUUCGGUAUGAGCGCAGGUUUGGGAACAAGCUGGCCCCUAUGCUGGUGGAGCAGUGUGUGGAUUUCAUUCGGCAGAGGGGCCUCAGAGAGGAGGGACUAUUCAGGCUGCCCGGACAGGCCAACCUGGUCAAAGAGCUGCAGGAUGCCUUCGACUGUGGAGAGAAACCCUCUUUUGAUUGUAACACAGACGUGCACACAGUCGCCUCUCUCCUGAAGCUGUAUCUCAGAGAGCUGCCCGAGCCCGUCAUCCCCUUCCACAAGUAUGAUGACUUUCUGGCCUGUGCCAAACUUCUCAGCAAGGAUGAUGAAAUGGGUAUAAAGGAGUUGAGAAGGCUUGUUGAAUGUCUACCUCCAGUGAACUACAAUCUUCUCAAGUACAUCUGCAGAUUUCUAGAUGAAGUCCAGUCAUAUUCAGGAGUGAACAAAAUGAGCGUCCAAAACUUGGCCACAGUGUUUGGACCGAAUAUUCUGCGGCCGAAGGUGGAGGAUCCAGUAGCGAUAAUGGAAGGUACUGUUCUGGUCCAGCAGCUCAUGGCCGUUCUGAUUGGCCGGCACGAUGUUUUAUUCCCCCACAAUGAAGACAGCCCCACAGCUCUGGAGCUCGUCAACAACAACAUUGAACCACAACGACGACAAACCAACACAACUACCUCCACCAUCACUUCAGUGUCUCAGAAUGCUGAAAAUAACAACACCCAGACGGUCCGGCAGUGUGUGUGGGAAGCGCCCGAGUCUCCCUCGCAUCGCCAACAUGUAGACAACAGUGGGUCCCCACGAUCGGCAAGCCCUCGAAAUGGGGUUAUUGGACGUUUUGAUAUGGCCCGCAGCCCGCCGCUGACAGUUAAAAAGAACCCAGCUUUCAGUAAAGGGAGCGGGAUCGUUACAAACGGCUCCUUUAGCUCCUCCCCCUCUUUAGAUCCUAAUCAAGAGAAGAGCCCAACUUUGACAGGAGGUGGGAGUUUACCAAUGCGGCGUAAUGGGGCGCUUAAAGGCUCUGGGACUAAAAUGGGUACUAGUGGUGUGACAAGUGGAAGCAGUACUGGAGGAAAUGGGACUGGAGCUGUCAGACUGGGCCUUUCUGGCACUGAAAUCCAAAGCCGCAAUGGUCUUUGGGUCCAAAAUGGCUGCGUCACAUUACGGGACAGCAACAAAACACAUAUGGAUCAAACAUCCAAUCAGAACCGUCUGUCCACAUACGACAACGUCCAGUUAAACCACCAAAACCAGCAGCAGCAAAAUCACGUCACCAACACGUGUCUGAACAGCAGCUGUGAGGACAAACAGAGCGUGGACAGCGCCACCUGGUCCACUUCCUCCUGUGAAAUCUCCCUCCCUGACAACUCCACCUCCUGUCGCUCAUCAACCACCACCUGCCCAGAGCAGGACUUCUUCGGGGGUCACUUUGAAGACCUGGACGGAGCAGGGCAGGAUAAUGAGCCUGGGGGGCAGUCUGGUGGAGGAGAUGCGGAGGGAAGGAACAGCACUAGGGAGGGAAGUGGAGACGGAGCAGGGCGGAGCAGCCGGGGCACCAGCAGUAGUGAAAACAGUGACGGUCCCACCGUUGGUAAUGGACCUGGCAGCCACAGCGCUCUGCACAGUUUAGUGGCUAGUCUGAAACAGGAGAUGCAAAAACAGAAGGCUGAGUACGAGGCCAGAAUAAAGAGUUUGGAGCAGCGUAACCUGGACCUGGAGACUGAAAUGGUGAACCUCCACGAGGAGCUGGACCAGGAGAGAAAGAAGUACACGAUGGCUGAGAUCAAGCUUCGCAAUGCCGAGCGCGCCAAGGAUGACGCUGAGCGGAGAAACCAGAUGCUGCAGAAAGAGAUGGAACAGUUUUUCUCCACAUUCAGUGAUCUCACUGCAACCGGCAACACCACUGUAACCGACCCCCGGCGACCAGAACGUAACAACCCCAUCUGGAUACAAUGAGGAGGCGGGGCAUGUAGGCUGACAAACCAAUGAAGACUAGGAAUGGUUUUUAUUGUAUAUGAUGUGGAGGUUACCAGGGCUCCAAACAGGAUUUGGCUGCUGGAUGCAGAGGGGGGAGUAAGGAAGGUUAAAGGCAUGUUUUAAUUUAAGAUGUAGGAGGUGUAGGGCUAAUGAACGCCACCUGUAUAAAUUUAGACAUCACCUGGAGUGAUGCAACACUGACGUUAUCUGUAAAUACGGCGUUAUUUAAACAAAAUGUCACUCAAAGACACUUGUUGACAAAGCUGUAGGACUCAGUCCUCAGACUGAGAGGGGGAGAAAAGCAUAAUAUGGUAUGUGAUGAUACACAGAAACCCUAUUGUUGAACUGUAGAUCCUGGAGCUAUAAAGGAAGGAAGAACUGAGGUUGAUCAGCAAAAGAAACAACAAAUAUGUUCAUAAAGAUACAAAAGGACACUACAGAAACUCCUCCCUUCAUCCACUUUUAAUAUCCAACCAGAAACAUCUUGUUGCUCCAUGUUCUUCUGUGUCUGCUCUUGUACAUAGAGGGAAAACAACACACAGUGUCAUAUGUAUGUAAAAAGGAAUGAAAAUAAUACUUCAAUGUGUAUCUGAUAUUUAAGCAAAGUUAUCAAUGUGUGAUGUUUUAUAUAAGACUUUUCCUUGCACUUACAUGUUUGUUGACUCUCAGCAAGGUGGUACUGAAUGUCCUGUAGCUCAAUGUGUGUACCAUUUCAGUUGGACAAUAUACUGUAUAUGUGCCUGUG